CGCCCUUUCCGCGCCGAUUGCGCUUACCCCACGCAGACACCGCCUCCUGCCUCACUUUCCCUGUGAGCAGCUCGCCUUCCACUGGCGCCGUUACGCGUUGCACACCAUACCGACUAUCCUUUGCCCGCCUUGUCUGUCUUGGAGCUGUAGAGGCUCCGGGCAGGCCUCAGAGCUUCACAACGGCCUCCACCAAGAAACGGAAGACCGUGACCGCCGCGCAAACAAACACCUCGCAGACUGGGCAGCGCAAAACAUCGCCGUCCUCGAAUGAGGGCACGCCUGUGGCAUCCUCUCGGACAUCCCCGCACCCAUCGACAUCACCGCCGCCGCGCUUUCUGCCGCCCCACAUGAAGGAGGCGGUCAAAGAAGCCUCGCAGGAGAACAGCACGCCCACUGUGCGGGGGGAGCACAUAGCCACUGGCGCCAGCUCGCCCAGUGAGGCCUACGCAAACCUCACGCUCGAAAGCACCGACGGGCCCAUGACGGACUCCUCGGAGCGCACGCGCGUGGGUUCUUCAGACCAAGGCCAGUGCCCUACCCACCGAGCCUCCUCGCCUGCCAAGCGCCUGCACUCAGAUAUGGACGAGGCAGGCAAUAUGGAUGUCGACGCCCCAGCCACAAGCAGCUCUCGCCGGGGCAGCGGACAGUCGAGCCCACGGCCCACGAAGCCGCUCCCUGCUGUCACCUUGCAGCGCAGUGCCCGAGCAACGUCGGUGGAAAUGGCAGACGCGCCCAACAACAGCGGCAGCCCCGAGACUGACCCAGCCAACGUGCCCAGCCUCGACGAACAGGUUGCUACGGUCAUGGCUAUGACGGGUUCUGACCUCCAGGAGGGCCAGGAGGGUUACGUCGUGUCUGAAGCUUGGCUGGAGCGAGUUUUUGCUCGAACUACAGAGGGAAAGAAUAGGCCGCAGGAGUACAGCAAGGAGGCAACACAAGGCCCAAUCGGACCAGUGGAUAACUCAGGACUCGUGGACACGGAGGCUCUAAAGACUCCUUUGGUAGAUCAGAGCGGUGCAGACUUUAUACCCCUGUGCAAGGGACUAAUGCUGCAUCAAAAUCUCGAGGUGCUGCCUGCAAAGGCCUGGGAGCUGGUCCUUCGUUGGUACGGGCUCAAGGAGGGCAGCCCUGUUAUUCGACGUUAUGUGCAGAACACCGUGCCCGACAAGAGCAGCACAAACCUGCUGUGGGAGCUCAAUCCGCCUAUUCUUACUGUUCGCAAGGUCCGCAAGGCUGCAGCGACGCCAACAGAAGAAGCCAAGCCUGCACAGCGCAUCGUAGCUAGCAGGAGCGACGACUUCCAGAGAUUUCUCGACGUUGCAAAGAAGGCGGCUGGUAUUGACUUGAACAACAAGGUUCGUGUGUGGAGAAUACUCACGACCGCAUCCUCAGGCGAACCUCGGCCGAAGACGCAGCCGCAACCAUCUGGCAUGUUGACACCGGAUGCUUCACCGCGUGGUGGAUCUCCCGUUGCUGGCGAAGUGACGCAGCACAUGUCGUUGAUUAUGGAUACUGCGAGCUUCACAGGCUUAGCCAACGGCACCGAGCGCGAGCAGGUGACUGGAAAGGACGAGAAGGCUAACGAGGAGUCCAAUCCAUCGCUGACUCUCGACGCUGCUGGCCUUACACAAGACCAGGUCAUUGUGCUUGAAGAGGCCGACGAGAAAGGCGAGUACUUUUCGGACACUGUUCCCGUCACGACCAAGUACAAGACUGCAGCACAGCUCAGAGAAGGCCUGAAAAGCGGCAACACUAGUGGCAGAAGCACACCUACAGGUGGCCCACUUACGCGAGGCAGGACGCGCAGCGGUAAGGUCCGCGGCCAAGUCGGACUGACGAAUCUGGGCAACACUUGCUACAUGAACUCGGCUCUUCAAUGUUUGCGCAGCGUCGAAGAGCUCAGUCUGUACUUCCUCAACAAUCAGUGGGAGAAAGAAGUCAACAAAGUCAACCCUAUUGGCUACAAGGGACAGAUCGCGAGCGUGUACGCGAACCUGGUCAACAGUAUCUACAGCGUCAGUGCUUCAUCGUCGUUCUCGCCCAAGCAAUUCAAGCAGACUCUCGGUAGAGCCAACAGCCUGUUCAGUGGCUAUGGGCAGCAAGACUCGCAGGAGUUUCUGAGUUGGCUCAUCGAUGCGCUCCACGAAGAUCUCAACCGCAUCAUUACCAAGCCCUACAAAGAAAACCCAGAUUCGGAUGACAACACGUUCCGUGAUCCAGAGGCGAUGAAGCAGUUGGGCGAGAUCUAUCGAUCUAACUAUCGCGCGCGUAACGACUCCGUUUCAACAGAUCUAUUCAACGGUUUUUACAAGAACACUAUGGUGUGCCCAGAGUGCGACAAGGUUAGCAUCACGUUCGAUCCGUACAGCCAGUUGACCUUGCAACUACCCAUUGAGCAUUCUUGGACACAUACGAUCACUUACGUGCCCCUGUACGGCAAACUGCAGCAGCUCGACGUUGAUAUCGAUAAGAACGCUACCAUCAAGACGCUGAAGGAGUACGUUGGCAAGCGAUUCGGUGGCGUGAAGGCUAACCGCUUGAUGGCUUCAGAAGUCUACAGCCACAAGUUCUAUCGCCAUUUGGACGAUAACGCUACAAUUUCGGAAUGCAACAUCACAUCUCGCGACGACAUAUACUUCUACGAACUUGAGCAUGCUCCCAGCAACUGGCCUGCUCCUAAGAAGAAGGCCAAAUACAAGAGCUUCAUGUCUCAAUCUUCUGAAGAAGACAUACCCAAUUCGGCAUCACCACUUCAUGACAGAGUUAUGAUCCCCGUAUUCCACAGGGGGCCUAACCCGUCCUCGUACAGGAGUCAGUCAUAUGCGAUGGCACUGUGGCCGUUCCACAUUAUUGUGACUCGCGAGGAGGCGAAGGACUACGACGCGAUACUGCGCAAAGUGCUUGCAAAGGUCGCACAGUCUACCACCCGCUCUAUUCUUACGGAGCUUCGCGGCAACUCUUCUGAUCAGUCUCGUCCUGGCUCAGACGUUGUUUUGACAACCGAAGAGGAUGUACUGCCUAACGGAGAUCCACGUGUCAAAGACGGCUCCAUCGAGGGAGAGGAUAUGGUCGAGGUCACAAUGACGGAUGCGGAGACACCUAUUGCUGAAACAGCAGGCCGUGUUGAUGUUCCAGAAGUUCUCAAAGCUGACAGUUUCAUCAAUCCAGAGUUCAGGCAGCUCUUUGAGAUGAAGUACACACGCAAGGGUAACGAAUUCGUGCCGACUGGCUGGAACUCGAUCGACCAUCAGAAGGCAUUGGAUCCCAUCUCGAAGCGGAUACCGGUGCCUUCUGAGCGAGCAGACUCUGAGCCAUCUUCCCGUGCGGGCAGCGAGUCGUCGAGCGAGGAGGAUGGAGAUUCACCUCAGUCGACUGCUGAUACUGAUGUCGACACCGAGGCUGCUAUCGAUCAAGCCAACGUCAGCAGUGACGAAGAGAUGCCGUCUAUCGAGCCUAUGGAGCCCUCUGAGCCGCGGGGCGGUCGAGGCAAGAAGAAGAGCAAGAAGGCCAGGAAACAUGAGCGGAAGCUGGAACGCAUGCACAAGACUAACAAGAACUGGAAGAAGAAGGCUAGGGUACCAGAGCAGCCCAUCUUCCCAGACGACCCUGAGGAUGAGAACGAUGGUCUGAUCCGACUGGGAGAAGCUAUUGUACUGGAGUGGAACCCCGAAACCUACGAUGCGCUCUUCGGUGGUCUCAAUGCAGAAGACUCUCGUGGCAUGGAUGCUUUGAAGACCAUCGAGACAUUCGAUGACCCUGAGAUUCAGGAAAAGAAAGCCAAGCGGAUUGCUCGUAAGAAGAGCGGGAUCACAUUGGACGAAUGUCUUACAGAGACGGCGAAGAGCGAGACGUUGUCCGAGGACAACCCAUGGUACUGCAGCAACUGCAAAGAGAUGCGUCGAGCCACCAAGACCCUCGAUAUCUGGACAGUACCCGAUAUCCUCAUCAUCCACCUGAAGCGCUUCAGUGGCUUCCGAUCGUUUAGGGACAAGAUUGACGAUAAGGUUGACUUCCCGGUCGAAGGUCUAGAUCUCAGCGGCAAGGUUGGAUUCCCAGAGGACAAGAGCCUUGUAUACGAUCUGUUCGCGGUCGACAAUCACUUUGGUGGUCUAGGAGGCGGUCACUACACGGCCACUGCUCAAAACUUCUUCGACAAGCAGUGGUACAACUACAAUGACUCCUCCGUAACGAAAUCCUCAGGCCAGGAAGCUGUCACCAAGGCUGCUUACCUAUUGUUCUAUCGUCGCCGUUCUAGUACCCCUUUAGGCCCAGAGUCACUCCAGAAGAUAGUUCAGAAGGAUAUCGAAGCCGGCUCUGAUGAAGACUCUGAGGGUGAGAACCGAUCUCGCUCACCGGCGGGAAACGGCUCGCGCCUCGGCGGCUCGUCCCGCAAUGGAUCGUCGAGAGCUGGCGCAGCAGGAGCGGGAGCCGGAGUCCUGCGCGGGGAUGGCUCAGCCCUUUCGGCAGCCGCAACCCCUCAAGGGAGCCUAACAAGGAACGGAGCAGGAGUCGAGACUCUCGACGGACCUAGUCCACCAUACUACUACGACGACGAGACAUUCCACGAGGACGAAGGCUUCAGCGGUAUCGAUACUGAGGGAGGUGGUAUGAUGUACGGACCGCUUGCCCCUGCCUACAUGCGUGACGAGCCGCAGUGGAGCUUUGAUGCUCUUGGUGGCUCGACUCGCGGGAACGACUCAGACGACGCUUCUUCAAAUGCACCAGCCUUGGGCUCAGAUAACGGCGAGUCUCUCGCGGAGCGUAUGAUGGAAGACUUCGGUGACGACGAAUUAAAUACGCUACCUAGCGCCUCGACACCUCUGCGCUUCCAACCCAUGUCCGGAGUUGAGGAUGAGGAGGUCAAGGAGAUUCAUGUCGAGGCUGAUUAGAGGUCGCCCAGCCAGUUUGUGAACGAUAUUCUACGAAGGCGGGGUACUCUUGAAGUUAUCGUUGGCUACGCGUUGAUGCAUUCUAAGAAAGGGAAGGAAAGGUGUGAGAGACUGGUGGGUUAUUUCUUCACGCAUUGUCAUGCUAUGCAUUAGACUAGACGAUUGAACGAUAGGACUGGAAGGACACCGGGCUGUAAAUGAUGAAGAUGGGAAAUGGGAAGCGGCGUUCGAGAUGCAUUGG